AUCCUGAACUAAAUUCAUGCAUGAUGAGAUAAUAAAUCCAUCCUCAUCAUCAUCAAAUUAAGACAAAACUAACACACAUGGAAAAAUAUAUUUCCCCAUAUAGUGUUGGCAUUAUCUCCAUCUCCCUUUUUUCAUACAUAAAACUUGUAUAUAAAUAGUUCUAUAGAUGUGUCUUAGGUUCUCCAUCUCUCAAUAUCUCUCUUGCAUCGUCAUUAAUAUAAACAUAUAAAACCUAAGCAUGGCAUUUUCAAACCCCCAAGAAUGUGCGAUUUGUAAGAGAGUCUUCUUAUCAUCACACCACCUGAUCUCACACUUCAACGAUGUUCACUCCAAUCGCCACGGUUCCACCUUCUCUUCCUCCGCCAUCGCUACACCCACCUCCUUCCGCCACUACCCGAACGUAAACCGGAACCCUAAUCCUGAUUUUCAGGCGAGGAAUCAUUUUGACGUGAAUUAUUACCGUAGGGGUUACUUAGACGACCACGGGAGGUUUCAUAAAGGAUGUUCUCCAACGCCGGUGAUAACUCCGACCAGAAAAUAUAAGUUUUUGCUGCCAAAGAUGCCGACGACGCCGAAGCUCAUGGAUCUUUUUCCAGCUGCGUCAUCCGAAAAUGUCUUUACGCUGCCGCUUAUUUGGCAGCUGGAGCAACGGAGAGCGGAGGAUAGUGCUGUGACGGAGAACGGAGGAGCCAACUCGAGUUCCAUCGACUUGUCAUUAAGGCUGUGACUCUCUGGUAGUAGACUUGUCCGGUUAAAUUAAUUAAUAAAAACAAGAAAUUUAGGAUUCUCGAUCCGAAAAAAUUAGGGCUUUUCGAGAAGUAUGAUGUCUUUUGUUGUUGUUUUCUUGUUAUUGUUGUUUCAUUAUUAUUAUUUUAACAGU